UGUAAUUUCGCAAAAACAGAAAAGAAGUCAAAUGAACAUAUAUAUGAUCAAGACAAUGGAAUCUUUCAUUAUAGGGUAGAACAGCGUAACCGAAAAAGAAGAACUAGUUAAAAAAUAUACAAAAUACUGUAUAAUGUUUAACACCAAGACCUUUACUCUGGUUUCUGAAAAAAAUACAGACGGCACAAAAUAUGGCUUCAUCAGUUCUCUUACCGUGUGGAUAAACAAACCGCACGUUGUGAAUCGUCGGCUCUGUGGAGCAAAAAUUGAUUACUUUGCUUUUAUUGAGGAUCUGCAGUUACAAACAAAGUUAACAGAACUUACCAUUCCUGAUACUGAUAAUCUUGAAAGUAAUGGAUAUAGAGAACAUGAUUUGCUUGAAAUUGAUAAUUUGCAAGGAAUCACAGAAAAUGAAGUGGCAGUUAUCUCUAGAAAGCUGAUUCUUAAAUCUGCAAAGGACAUGAGUCAUGGUCCACAAUCUGAAAUAAUUGUUGUUGAAAACAAGGAAAACUGUGUUAUAGCAUCAUUUUAUAAGAUAUCAAGAGCAGAUUCCAAGUUGGACAUCCCAGAACCCUCAUCUUAUCAGUUGGUGUUUAUAAAAGGAUCUGAUGAAAGUAACAAAAUUCAGCUAAAGAAAUUACAAGACUCAGAAGAAGUAAGCAGUGAUGACUUUGGAACUUUUGAAUGGAUGACCAACACUCUACUUCCUAAACUCUGUAACUGGAGUGCUGAAUCUAAACUGAAGACAUCAGUUACCUCCCUUAGAUUGAUACCUAUUGAAGAAUAUAGCCAGAAAUAUCAAUAUUUGAAGGAAAAAUAUGGAAAAUAUUUUGUACAGAACUGGCCAGAAAGUACAGAUCCUCAGAAGUUUGUCUAUGAAGAUAUUGCCAUUGCUUCAUAUUUACUUAUUUUAUGGAAGAAAGAAAGAGAGAAGAAGAAGUUAGAAUGUUUACAAUCAUUUGUAGAUCUAGGUUGUGGUAAUGGAUUACUGGUACAUUUACUGGCUUCUGAAGGUCAUGCAGGCAUAGGACUGGAUAUAAGAAAACGGAAGAUUUGGAACAUGUAUGGAAAGGAGACAGUAUUAAAGGAGGUCACUGUAACACCCUCUGCAGAAAAUACAUUCCCAGAGUACGAUUGGCUGAUUGGUAACCAUAGUGAUGAGUUGACACCAUGGAUUCCUGUAAUAGCAGCAAGAUCAAGUUACACAUGUAGAUAUUUUGUGUUACCUUGCUGUCAUUAUGACUUUGAUUGUAAGUUCAGCGGUAAACAGCAAGGACUAAGUAAUUACAGAACAUAUUUAAAUUUUGUGAAGGAGGUCGGAGAGGUUUGUGGAUUUAAUGUGGAGGAGGAUACUCUGAGGAUUCCAUCCACUAAGCGAGUGUGUUUUAUUGGGCAAGACAGAACAUAUCCUAAGAAAGAAGAAUCAUUAAUUGAUGAUAAAAGAUCUAUUUAUAUCAGGACAAGAUCAAGUUCCAAUCAGUCAUCAAACUCGGAAGCAGAAUACGAGCCUAGUGCUAAAUACCAAAAACUUGACAAUGGACAAAAAUGGUCCAAAGAGUUUGAGCCAAGGGACCAGAGUAAAGAAAAGUCACGGAACUGUCAGAAUAUUGACAAGGAUAUCAAAAAUUUAAUAAUAAAUACUGUAUUUAAGAAAGUUUUGGACUGUGAUAAAUCUGAAGUUAGACAUUUAUCUGAUGGGAGGAUAUGGCAUAAAGGAGGUUCCAUACCAUUAGGAGAAGUUGUCAAGUUAUUUGACAAGGAUGUAUUAAAACAGCUGAAAUCUGAAUGUGGGGGAUUACAGACUUUACUGAAAAAUCAUAACAGUAUAUUUCAUGUAUCUGGUGGAAAUGUACAGUUAAGAGACUUGAGUCUUAAUGAACCAUACAGUAAAAAGUCACAGCUGUCAAAGAAAGAUAAGAGCCAGUACUUUAAGACUUUACAAUGUUGGUUUUAUGCAAACCAUCCUGAUGGAUGUCCCAGGACAGAGGUCACAUGUACUUUUGCACAUGGUGAAAAUGACAUUAAACAAAGUAUCUGUGACAAAACAAAGGCUUUAAAGCCUGAUGAUUAUUCUAUUGAUAAUGGAUGAAAUGAUUGUCUCGCCUUGACGGAGUCAAAUAGCGAAACAUAGGUAUGCUUUUUCUGGCGUCGGCGGCGGCAACGGCGGCGCAGGGUCAACAAUGUAUUAGUUUGUGAUUAGGUCUAGUUCAUGGUGAACCACUAGUAGUAGGUCAAUGAUAUUUGGUAUGCAGUUGUAUUAGCAUUGGCACAUCUCAUUACCAUGGAGAAUAUUUGGCCCCAACCUCUCAGUCAAGGUCUAUUGACUUUGAAACUUUGCUUAGUUAACAUGUAUUAGUUUGUGAUUAGGUCUGUUUAUGGCGAACCACUAGUGGACGGUCAAUGAUAUUUGGUAUGCAGUUGUAUUAGCAUUGGCACAUCUCAUUACCAUGGAGAUUAUUUGGCCCCGCCCCCUCAGUCAAGGUCUAUUGACUUUGAAAAUUUUGCUUAGUUUUCAUGUAUUAGUUUGUGAUUAGGUCAGUUUAAGGGGAACUGUUAGUGGUAGGUCAAUGAUAACUGGUAUGCAGUUGUAUAAGCAUGAGCACAUCUCAAUUAUAUGGAGAAUAUUUGGUCCUUACCCCUCAGUCAUGGUCUAUUGACCUUGAAACCUUUGCUUAGUUUACAUGUAUUAGUUUUUGAUUAGGUCAGUUUAAGAUGAACCACUAAUGUUAAGUCAAUGAUAUUCGGUAUGCAAAUGUAUUGGCAUUUGCAAGUUUCAUUUCUAUGGAGAUUAUAUAACCCCACCCCCUAAUUAUGGUUCAUUGACUUUGAAACUUUUACAUAGUUUACAAGUUAAUGUUUGUGUUUAGGUUUGUUGAAAGGGAACUACUUAUGAAAAGUCAAUGGUAUUUGGUUUGCAGUUGUAUUAGCAUUGGCACAUCUCAUUUUCAUGGAGAUUGUUUAGCUCUGUACCUUCAGUCAUGGUUCAUUGACUUUGAAUAUUUGCAUAACUUACAUGUUAAAGAAUUGCUAUUUUAAUUUCAACAUUUGCAUUAUCAAAAUAACAAAUAGGCGAGAUAUAUCUCUGUGUUAACAAUUAAUUCUUUAUAGGAUGCAGAAAAUAAAAAUAUAAAUAUUGUUUUCCUGUUGGUCAUUUUAUUUUGUAAAAUAUUCUUUCAUUAUUUUAUAUCUCCAUUUUUUGUAAUAAUACAAAUAAAGCUUUGCAUGAUAUGCAAUAUGUCUGCAAAAGGCAUUGGAAUUGGUCUUCAAAAUUCACCAACUUUUUGUAAUAAUAUGGUAAUAAAUAAAAAGUUUUAAUAUUUUG